AUGGGCAUUAAAGGGCUCCAUGGUCUUCUCAAGUCAAUUCAAAAACCAUGUCAUUUGAAAAAGUUUAGCGGACAAACACUUGGGGUCGACGCGUAUGGAUGGCUGCAUCGUGGUACGGUCGCCUGCGCGGUGGACUUAGUUUUGGACCGGCCGACGACCAAACAUGUCGAUUUCGUACUGAACCGGGUCCGCAUGUUGCUCUAUUUUGGAGUUACCCCAUAUCUUAUCUUCGACGGUGACAAUCUACCGAGUAAAGCCGGUACCGAGUCUGAUCGACAUCAACGGCGUCAGGAAAGCAAAACCCUUGGGUUGGAACUGCAGCGGAAGGGAAGGACAGCGGAAGCUUAUCAAGAAUUCCAGAAAGCGGUGGAUGUGACCCCUUUAAUGGCUCGUCAAUUGAUCGACGAACUGAAAAAGAUGAAUGUUCAGUAUAUGGUGGCUCCGUAUGAGGCAGAUGCACAACUCGUAUACCUUGAGCGCCAGGGCAUCAUCAAUGGUAUCAUAUCAGAAGACUCUGAUUUGCUGGUGUUCGGCGCGAAAAGACUGUUGUCUAAACUAGACCAGCAUGGCGACUGUAUUGAGAUUAACCGAGCAGAUUUUGCAGCUUGUCGCGAAGUCAGUCUUAUAGGAUGGACUGAUGCUGACUUUAGACGCAUGUGUAUCCUCAGUGGUUGUGAUUACCUACCCAACAUUGCAAGGCUGGGUUUGAAAACUGCCUAUCGGUGUAUUCGCAAAUACAGGAAUGUGGAGAAGGCGCUACGGAUGCUUCAAUUUGAGGGCCAGUAUCAUGUUCCUACGAAUUAUCUGGAGAAUUUCAAACAAGCAGAGCUCACCUUCCUUUACCAGAGAGUAUUUUGCCCCCAAGCUGGAAAGCUCGUCACUCUGACUGCACCGGAGGAUGAUGUGAACCUCGAAGAGCUGCCGUACAUCGGCGCCGAUGUGGACCCUGAGCUUGCAGUUGGAGUCGCUCGUGGUGACUUGGAUCCUACAACAAAAGAACCGCUGGUUUUAAGGCCUGCACCCGCGGGUAAGCUCAUGCAUGGCAUCCAACGUCGCCAGACGCUCGGUUCAUCCGCCGAACUGAAGCCAAAUAAACCCAUCAGCUCAUUCUUCACCCCAAAACGGACUCCUCUAGCUGAGUUGGAUCCAAAUAGCCUCACUCCAUCUCCCAGCCAGCAAAGGCUACUGGAACGGCAUGCCAAUAGGUCCUGGGAGAGCAGUCCUGUUACGCCCCGGCCGGGAAUCGUCCGAUCCGCUACUGUGAAUAGGCUAUCGAGUCCACUAGUUAGGAGUGUGGAGCGGAACUCUUUUUUGGCCCAUGCCUCUAGAGCAUCUACCUUGCAGCCCACCAAACGGCAGCGACUUUGUUCGGAGACGGACGAGGCCAGCCUUCCAAGUCUUCCAGAUUGCCGCAGUCGUUUCUUUGCUAGCUCCCCGGGUGAUUCAAGCCCGAGCGGUGCAAAGGUGACGCGAAGUAAGAAAGCGCGAAAGUCAGCUGUCGAUGUGUUUUCUGAUGAAGUAGCCGAGGAUAUCAUGACACAAAUUGUAGGUUCGUCAGAGACUGCGAACCACUGCAAGGACAAGCCUCACAUAGGAACUGAGCCGCGCGAAGGCAACCAUGAAGAAGCGGCUCCGUCAACGGCACUCACCACGUCGGAAGAUUCGGCAAUUGUGAAACAGAAAGUCCUUGCAGAAGAGCCACAGGAUAGUGCUGAAACUCCAAGUAAAGCUUCUGUUAACGAGGACUCCAACCCUGAAGUGUUUCACCAGGUGCUUGACUAUCAUAUUGCCAAACAAAACUCUUCUCUGUUGUCUAAGUUUACUUUUGAAGCUGCGGAAAGGAAUACCAGCCCCAACUUGGAUACCCCGCAAACAAAAGAUCCUCAGGUUCAUCGCCCGCUUAUUUCUAGAUCACCCUCUAGGGUGAAAGCUGGGGUUUCCCGGAGUCCUUCGAGGCGACAACGGUUGACACCUUUGCAACGUCUCGGCCAGACUGCGCUGGCUCGGUCACGUUCUCUGAACUUUACCCCUUCUCUUUCAACAUCAAGUGCCCUGGGCAGUAACAUCGGGGCCAACACCUCUAAGGCAAGCCCGAUCCCUGCCACAUAUCAUAUUGCUCAAGGAAGUGAAGACAUGAUUGUUCCCGAUAGUGAAGAAGAGGAUGUCGAUGGUGACGAACCCAGUCAUCCCCGGACACCUGUUGCAUUCGACCUCAAGCGAUUUUCAUAUACAAACAAGUGA